UCAUGCUGCUGCCAGGUCCAGAGUCUCUCAUGGGUCCCUGUACGGCCUCCCAUUGCUGCUGUCUCCAUCGCCACUCUCUGCCAUGUGCCACUUUCAGGUCUCCUCACACACUGCUGGUGUGUAGAAUUUUUUGACAUAGGGUGCUGGCAGAUUACGGGCCUCCCAUAGCUGCUGCCAGGCCCCUAAUCUGCCAUGGGCCCCUAUAUACCGCCUCCUCAUGCUGCUGCCAGGUCCAGAGUCUCUCAUGGGUCCCUGUACGGCCUCCCAUUGCUGCUGUCUCCAUCGCCACACUCUGCCAUGUGCCACUUUCAGGUCUCUCUCACACUGCUGGUGUGUAGAAUUUUUUGAC